AUGGCUGCUGCACACCGAGUCCUUCGCUACAUCAAAAAGGCACCUGGUCAGGGGUUAUUCUAUCCCAAAAAUAAUGGUAAUCAGCUCAAUGUAUUCUCAGAUUCUGAUUGGGCAUCAUGUACAGAAACACGCAGGUCUAUCACAGGUUUUUGUGUCUUCCUAGGGCCUGCUCUUAUUUCUUGGAGAUCAAAGAAGCAAGCAACUGUAUCCCGUUCAUCAUCAGAGGCUGAAUACCGUGCCUUAGCUGCCACGGUUUGUGAAGUACAGUGGAUUACUUCAUUGCUUCGUGAAUUGCAAGUUCAACCAAGUAAACCUGCAGCAGUAUUUUGUGAUAGCAAAUCUGCAAUCGCCAUUGCCGAGAAUCACGUCUUUCACGAGAGAACGAAGCACAUAGAUAUCGAUUGCCAUAUUAAAUGA